UAUAUGAAGUACUAUUCAAAAGAGGAAGAAGAAAAACAUCCCACUCACACUUCUUUGGAAUUUGGAAACAUGAAAGUUCCAUGGAUAGUAGUUAUUGGAUAUUUUGAAGGAUAAAGAAAUUAAAAGAAAAACAAUUGUUAAAAUUUUAAAGAGACAGGUUAAAUAAUCUAACAACAUUAUUGCUUUCAACUUAACCACUUGUAGCUUAAAAGGUGUAGGAUCUUAUAUUCCCCUCUAAGGUUCCUUUUUUCUUCUAAAACUUUGGUAUUCUUCACUAUUCCCCUCCACCAUAGUUACCCAACAACAACAACAAAGUCUUAUUCCACUAAGUGGGGUCGGCUAUAUAAAUCCUAGAAUGCCAUUGCGCUCAGUUUUGUGUCACGUCUUCCUUUAGAUCCAAGUGGUUCAAGUCUUUACUUAGAGCCUCUUUCCAAGUCUUCUUAAGCCAUCCACUAUUCCUUUGGUCCUAAGUCUCUAUCUCGUAAUCACAUCGUAUAACCGGAGCGUCUGUAGGUCUUUGUUUCACCGUCUUACAAAGUUAUUAUGCAUUUACUUUAUUUGUAUUUUUACAUAAUAAAAAUUAAAUUCAUAGUGAAUUUUUUUAUAUAACCGCAAAUGUCAUGUUGUCUUACUAAUCUAAUCUAUUAUAACAAGAGUAAGCAACACAUAUUUAUAUUUCAAGCUCUAUAUAUGUGUGAAUAAUAUACGCUUAUUAUAACAUGCACCAAUUAGCAUCAGUACAUAACGGUGUUACAGUAGCUAAUAAAACUAAAUGUUUCUCUGUACUGGCAAUGGGGCAGCUACUUAAUUGGACGUGUGAACGAACAUGGGUAAGACUUUCUCCGUUCUUUCGCAUGCAAUAUAUAUUUAACAUAGGUUCUAGUUUUAUAAUCCCUCAUGUCCUACAAAUUAUACAAUAAUAUUGGAAGGACGAAAUGGAUCUCAUCUUACACAUUGAAAUUAAUGCCAACUGCGGAGGAGAGGGCAUAAGAAAUGGCCCGCAAGACUCUCUUUGUUUCAAUGACUCUGCAUGUGACUGGUAGUGUAUGUGCUCCCUCCCUUCCUCCGAAGUCCAAUAGCCUCACUAUAUAUAUAUGUGUGUGUGUGUGUGUGUGAAUGCAUUACGUUUCAUUCCAUAGUUUCCACUCUUGUUCUUCACGUUCGAUUUCACUUAGCCUUUCCCUCCUCUCUUGGCACUUGUCUCAGCCUUGCUAAAAAUAAUAUUCUUGGCCAUGGCCAUGUCUAGGGUGGUCGUGUUGUUGGUUCUCUGCGUGCUUCCGGGGCUUGUUAGCGCACGCACGUUGGGCAAUCCCUUCCACGUUCAAGGUCGCGUCUACUGUGACACUUGCCGAUGCGGUUUUGAGACGACUGCCACGAAUUACAUUUCUGGUGCAAGGGUGAGAAUUGAGUGCAAAGACAGGAACACCUUGCAGCUUGCAUACAGCGUGGAGGGAGAGACUGACUCGACUGGAACAUACAACAUUUUGAUUGAAGAGGACCAUGAAGACCAAAUUUGUAAGUCUGUACUUGUUAGCAGUCCCAUAAGUGACUGUAAAUCGGCAGAUCCUGGACGCAGCCGUGCGAACGUUGUAGUCACCCGUUACAACGGUGUGGUUAAGGACAAGCGUUAUGCAAAUAACAUGGGCUUCUUCAAGGACGAGCCAUUGGCUGAUUGUGAAAAAAUCCUCGAGCAAUACAAGAACUACGAUCAGCAGGAAUAGAAGAAGAGCUAGCUUCUUGUUAGUCCAUGUGGCCUCACUUUAGAGUUAAGUUAUGUUGUUCUUUGCUAUACGUAUAUGCCUAUCAUUGAUCUCAAUGAUGGUAUUAGUUUCUUUUCAAGUUUGUUUAGUUUGUGGACAAUUAUAAUGUUUCUAUCUUAAUGUUCUGUUUCAUCUAAAUAUAUGUACUUUGGUCACUUAAUUUGUGGCUUUCAA